CAUCCACCAGCGAUUCGCUCUUCGUCUCAAUCGUUCAAACUAAACCUGUCACAAUGCCGUCGGCGGCGUUCCCCAACCGAUUCGCCCUCCUCUCCUCAAUCAUAGCUUCGGUUCCGUUCUUCCAGCUGGGCUACGAGAUAGCCGUGCCGCGUGGGAUCAAGCUGAUUGAGGUGAGCAUCGGAAGGCCACACGCCGAUUUGGCCGAGUUCGAGUGGGAGUACGGCACGCUCAUUUUACUAGCCGUUCUCGUCGCCGGGUUAUUUAUCAACUAUUUUGGCCGGCGGUGGCCCUUCGGUUUCGGCCUCCUCAUCUACGCGGUCGGCGCCGCCGUCCUCAGCUUCGGCUCGACAUUUGAAACGUUCAAAGUGGGCCGCGGGUUCAUGAUUGUGGGAACCGGGUUUGGGGUGGUGAUUGGGCCGAUUUACAUUGCUGAAGUGUCGCCUGCCAGAGUUCGAGGCUUCCUGGGAUCCUUCCCACAGCUUCUCUUCUGCUUUGGGAGGCUGUCUGGUUACGCGGCGCAGUUGGCGUUCCGCGAGCACCACCUUCACAACCGAGGAUGGCAGGUGAUGACCGGGAUCCCGUGUGUGGUGUCCCUCGUCUCCCUUGCCACCCUCAUCUUUUCCGGCUUCCGAGAAUCCCCGGCGUACCUGCCGAUCGCCGGCCUGCUGGAGGAAGCGAGGACCGUCAUGGAAGAUGACAUGGGGUGCCCCAGCGAAGAGGCCGACGAAAGAAUCGACCAGCUGAAGAAGGUCGCGAACAUCCCGCCCUACAUCAACGGGAACACGAACAACUACAACAGGAACAAGGGCGGGAUCGACGGGAUGUGGUCCCGAUUUUUCAACGGGGCCACCGUCCUCCUCAUCCUGCUCCACAUCCUCCACCAGUUGACCGGGGAGUUCAUUGUCUCAACCUACACCAGAUCCAUCCUGAUCAGCCUUGGCGGCCAACACUCCGAGCAGUCGUACAUCCGAGCCGUCGCAGCACUGACAGGAACCAGGAUCGUGGGCUCGAUGGUGCUGAUGCUCACGGUUGACCGGUUCGGCAGGAGAAGGAUGAUGCUGGCCAGCACGGUGGUCAGCAUGCUGGCAGCCGUCACGAUGGGAGUCGUCUGGAUAGCUAACCAGCACGGCUGCAUGAGCGACCAGGUGGCCUUCCGAUGGUUGGCUUGGGCCGCCAUUGUAUUUGAAGCCGGGCUCUCGGUCGGACUGGGCGGGAUCAUCUGGAUGUACGGGCCGGAAACAAUCGGGCUCCCGGCAAGGGCAAUGGCAGUGGCCGGGGCAGUUUUGACCGGCCAGGAGGUGGGGAAGAUGAUCAACAUGAAGUCCCUUUCUAUCUACGGACAGUCACUUCCCAGAUUUGGUCGGUCGAUGCUGAUCUCGGCUGGUUUCCUCCUAGUUUGCACGCUGCUCACCUUUGCCUUCAUCAAAGACACGAGCAGGGAAACCCUGACGGACUACUUCGACCCCUCCACGAAUGACCAGGCCCAAUAGCAUUAGCAAGCCCCAUUAUUGCAACCCUACAAUGUAUCCGUCUCUCUCUCCCUCUAUAUAUAUAUAUAUGAAAUUAAACUAAUGGCUAAAUUUAACAGGAAGAACAAUGCAAUCAUCUGCCAUUAUGGGAUUGGGCUUACCAGACAUAACUUUCCUUUGUCUUUUGCCUCCACUAACUCAUGUCCCUCUCCAUCACCACCACCAAUUAAAAUCCAUGUGUGAAUCAUGAAGUUGAUUCUACGUACACACUCUCUGCUUAAAGCCGACCUAACAAUGAUGCCCUAAUUAAUUAGCUUGCUAUAAACGAGAGAACCUACAACGUAACUCCAUGGAAUUUCCCUAGGGUUACUCCUCCCAACAGACGGAAACAUUGUUCAAAUAAAGCUUUAACUUGAAU